AUGGAGGAGCGUGUGACAGCACAAUUAGCUGAGAGAGAACCGCAUCAACGUAUUUUAAUGAUACUCACGUAUAUAAUUUACACCAAUCAAGAUCCUAUAGAAAGCUUGGAAGAUGUUCUAGUGUAUGCAAUGGAGCCACCUACGAAAAAACAUAAACGUGAAAGCGAAGAUGUUAAAAGCAAGAAGAAUAAAUUCGUCGAGUUUGUGGAAGAAAAACUGAUACAACAUACACAAGCAUUGGAGCAUCUAAUAAAAACGGCAACCAAUAAUGGCGUAUUAAUUAAAACCCUUAUCGAAAAUCUCAGUCAUAAAAUGGAAGAACCGAAAAUGCCUGAGAAAAUAGAGGUACACCGCCAGUCGAGGCGCAGUAAUUCGGAAGAUACGGAUAACCCUUUAAUUAAAUUUGGGAGAAGUAUUCCAACCUAUGGGGUUCUUUUUAAAGACAUGAUAAUGAGGGCGUUUGAAAGAGACGAUGCGCCAACCCCCCUUGUAGAAAGACGUUCCAAUGAUUUUGAGUAUCGCCGAUCUUAUGGUGGAAGUCCGAUAAUAUUGCCGGAAAAUCAAAUCAACCGCCCUAGCCCUUGGUGCGCUGUUGCCGUGGUAUGCCGUAGGACCUUUAACCCCAUAUGUGGCUAUGACGAUAACUUCGGAUACGGAAAAUUCGAUGAUCUCUGCCACAUGUUGCAAGUCAACUGCUAUUGGAAGUAUAAUUUCGCAUUAGUACCAACAUGCCGGCCUGGAUUGAAUAAUUGA